CUGGGCGGAAACAAUGCAAGAAGCUCUGUCCGAAUUGUGUCGGGAGGCGGCGCGCCUGCGCGUUCCUGGGCAACGUUGGGAAAGUUUUCCUCAAGUUGAGCUGAGCUGAGCAGAUGAGAAAACCCUUGAAACUGAGGAGCGGUUUAACGUGAGGGAUGCUUCAAAUAACAGAAAACGACAAUCAAACGAAAUUAGAUUUCCAUUGAAAUGUGCAAGAAAAACGAAGGAUUCGUGAAAUACCUUUCAGGAAAACUUUGGAAAGGUGGAUAUUGCCUCAUUACGCACAACUGGAGAGAUGGAAUGAGACUGGCACCACUGUGAGAACCAAACGAGGACACACCUUGACUGGGCAGCGAAUGAACCCGCCGUUUGGAAGCCACCCUAUCAAGCCAGGAAACCCAGUAACCUAAUCCUCCUAAGAUCCCUCAAAGCAACUGUAAACCCCUCUUGUGCCCUGUCCUAACCCCCAACCAGCCUCUAUGCUUAUAAACCUGACCGUGGCGGUCAAGGAGUCCCGCGCCUUUCAUGGAACACCCCCCACCAGCCCUCGCGGUGUUGCGCCCCUCGUCGUGGAAGUGACCGCCAUGGACACUGUUCCCGGCCUCGCCCCCGUUUCCCCGCAACUCACCGCCGUUCUGAGCCCUCCACCCCCGCCGCCGCCGCCUCCGCCACCUCCCCCGCCACCCUCCUGUCCCCUGACCCGCAUGGACUCGGCCCGUAGGCGGCGGCUGAGGAAGCUGAACUGGGAGCAGAUCCCCAAGGAGAAGGUGGAAGGGAGGAAGAGCGUGUGGAGCGGGGCGGCGUCGGAGGAGGAGGAGUUCCCGAUCGACCUCCACUCCCUGGAUGAGCUGUUCGGACAGAAGGACAGCAAGCCUGAGGACUGCGCCGGGAGCCUUCGACGGCGCUCCGUGCUGAUGAGAUGUCGGUCACCCCAGGACAGCACCGCAGAGAAGGUCUCGCUUCUGGAUUCCAAACGCAGUAUGAAUGUUGGAAUCUUCCUACGCCAGUUUAAGACGGCUGCCCAGGAGAUAGUGGAGGAUAUCAGACAUGGGGUCGGGGCCCGCUACGGGGCUGAGAAACUGUCCGAGCUCUGCAAACUGCUGCCUGACACCAACGAGGAAACUCGACUACGGACGUUUAAGGGGGAGCGCGCUGUUCUCGGGGAACCUGACCUCUUCAUGAUCCUGCUAGUGGAAGUUCCCAGUUUUCGACUGCGUCUGGACGCGAUGAUUCUACAGGAGGAGUUUGACCCCGCCGUGACCUCGCUCUGUGUGGCAGCCAGAUGCUUGAGGGAGGCGGCCAGAGAGCUGCUGAGCUGUCCUGAGCUGCACUCCAUCCUCCGUCUGGUCCUGAAGGCCGGCAACUACAUGAACGCUGGUGGAUAUGCAGGCAACGCAGCUGGCUUUCGAAUCGCUUCUCUGCUAAAGCUGGCUGACACCAAAGCCAACAAGCCAGGCAUGAACCUCCUCCACUUCGUGGCCAUGGAAGCGGUGAAGAAAGACCAGAGUUUACUGUCUUUUCCUGGCCAAGUAGGGCACGUCGGGCCAGCCUCCAGGUUGUGUGAGGAGUCUGUAAUAGAGGACCUCUCUAAGCUCCAAGGUCGAGUGGCUUCCCUCAGGAUCAGUGUUCAGACAGAGGCAGAGAUCCAGCAGCUGACAGCGCCCUUCCUGGAGGUGGCUGAGGAGCGUCUGAAGGAAGCUGAGGAUGAGGUGGAGGGCAUGAGGAUGUCGAGUCAGGCUCUGGUUGAGUUUUUCUGUGAGGACGACAGCACUUUUAAACUUGAGGAGGCCUGCAGGGUCUUCCACUCCUUUUGCCAUCGCUUCCAAAGAGCCGUUCAGGAAAAUGCAGAACGGGAGCAGAAGGAUCAGAAACGGAUGGAGCGAGAACGUGAGAUGGUGGAGAAGCGACGCUCUGUGGCUGUUUGUACCGGGCUGGACUUGGGCGUGGUUCCCGGUCGGGUGUCUGUGCCUGAAAUUCAGGAGAACCAGGAUGACCUGGAAAGAACCCUGGAGAACCUCAGCCAUACUUGGAGCCGACGCAGCCUUAGAGCCACAGAGAACCGCAGGCACUCCCACCACCUUCAGAACUACGCAUCACAUCUCCUACAGACUUCCUCCUCUCCUUCUCCGACGUCCGUCCAGCCCCUCUCCUCCGCUCCUCCUCUCCUGGGGACAGGGACCAGGACAGAGCCCCUGGAGACCAGGAGAGCACAACAUGAGGGUACCACUCAGGCUCAAGUCUCCCAAUCUGAAAGUGAACUGACUUCAAACACCACUCCAACCCAGUGGGGACGUAGAUUUAAUGUCAGCCAAAACAGGCAGGACACCAUUGCUUAUGUAACCCAAACGUCACAUGGAAUUGUAACUAACAUCAUUGAAAGCCGACACGCACCAGCAGUUAAAGUUCCUGAAAAUCACUCAGAACGGACUGUUGACGCCGGUCCUGACCGGUGUGUGCCGGCUGAUAAGUCUGUACCUAAGCUUCAUAAACACUCCUCCACCACAGCCAUUGCCACUGUGAGGGGACAUGCCUCCAGCCAUAGACACAGGCAUGGCAUAGUGUUGACUGACCCUUUCCCGGUUCCUCAGGCCAAUCCCACAGACACCUCAGAGCAUCAUAACCCCGACCUCUCUCAGCCCGAGGGUUCAGAAGUCACUCGGGGGACUCUGCAGCCCUCUGGGAGCCAGUCAGAAUCAUCCGUGGCGGCCGACACCCUGGAAGGCAGCCAAUCGCGGGAAGCCGAGGAGUCUGUGGGGCAGCAGAGGGACACGGAAUCAGCCUCCACGCUGGGGGAGCAGAGCUGGCUGUCCGUCAGCCUGGAGGAGCUGAACCCACGGUGUGGACAGGAAUGCCCGGACGUCUCCAGCCCUGACAGGGAGACGGACAGGCCAUACCACCGUGUGGGCGAAACACUGGAGUGCCACACGUUAGUAAGAGGACUACGUUGCUAUGACACCCUGUCGCCUCCUACCACCCCUACCACACCCCUCCCAAGAGCCCCUCCCAGCCUCUGUUCCAAGUGGAGAAAAGAGAGACUGCCGGACAGUCCUGUGGGUGCUGGAUCUCCGAUGGGCAAAGAGGACUCUGGGAGUGAAGGGAAGACUCCUGUGGUCCGAGGAGGGGUUAAGAGGGGUCUGGUGGCUCGUUCGGGUCUGCCCAACAACGCCGGCCUCUCUAAGCCGCGUUCCGUCUCCAAACCCGAAACGCUGGCACUGAGCGGCGGCGUCCAACUGGCCGCUCCUCGCGCCACGCGCCUGGCCUCUCCCUCCGUGCGCAGCGCCUCCAUGCGCUCGUCCCCCAUCACACGCCCUGCUGCCGCCCAGGCGGAGGUGAAGAGGAGUGGCAGUGCGAGGUUAGAGAGGAGCCCGGCUGGGAGUGAGAACCAGCAACAGAACCCGGGGAAACCCAGCUUGACCCGGCGGGGAUCGGAGAGGGCCGGGCUCGGGUCCGACAGUGCCUCCGCCACUCAGCCGGUGUUCGUCAGGGGCUCCCCUCUCAGGGUGACCAAACGACUGGCCCCCACCUCCACCUCUGAAACCCAGCCUUCCUCCUCUUCUCAGCCCCGCUCCACCCACAGCCCCUCCUCCUCCACGGCUAAGACCAUCCGUACGGCUGUCAUAACUGCAGCCCGGACCAAGGCGGCUAAGACGAGUCCCGGAAAAGAGACCUCUGGAACGCCGGCUGCUCCGACACCGUCCAAGGUCACCACGUCUACACGGAUGCCUGGACCUAAAAUGGCCCGCCCCACCUCCUCGCCCAUGUGGAAGUGAUUAAGGCAGACCCAACCGUUUCACGGUUAUACGCCUGUAUGUGCACUGAACAUGAAUGCGGGUAUCAAUGAAUUAAACGGGGGAGUUCGAUCAGAACUCAUUCCAUUGGAGAGGUCAUCUCCUCCUCCUUCUCAGACUUCUAAGUCUGUUUUACUUAUUUGUUUGUCUCCCUGAACCUAGGUGGAAUCUAUCACCGUUGCGGUAAAAGUGCAAUUAAGGACAUGCCAAUUACCUGAAAAGAACUGCGAUGCCAACAAAACGGCUGCCACCACAUCACAUACUCACUGGGUUUUUUGCGUCUGGACGCUUGGCUGUACAGUUACCUUAGAUGGAAAUGCACUGUCUUCUGUUGUAUACACUACCUCCAUCCGCCGCUGACCUGUGCAGGCAACAGGGCCCUUCAAGGAGAGACUUCCCCCCGUUUACUUCCGCCAGUCCUCUGAAGUGUGUGAAUCAGCCUCGUCCUCUUGGUCUUCCCACCGAUCCGUUUAAUCAACAUAUUUUAGGGUGCACUGUAUGUUGAACACGGCUUGUUUGUCUUUAUCGGGUUAAUUGAUUUAACUCUGUGACUUUCCCAAAUUGUACCCCAUUUCUUAGUGCACUACUGUGGUUCAAAAACAAAACAAAGAAACACUGUGUAGGGAAUAGGAUGCCAUUUGGGGCCGAGACACUGUUCUUGAAGGUCCAACCAUGUACCAACUAAUUUGAGUCCUUAAUGUUUUGAGUGUGAAUUCCUAGAAGUGUAUUUGAUUAGAUGCAUGGAUCCAGACACAUGACAUUAAAUAUUGUGACCAUGGAGACUGAAUUGCUAGAAUACACUCUCAUUUAAGUCAGAAUUCUCUGAUACUGUUUCUAUGGUCGUGAGCUUUCAUACUGAAUGUUUCUUUUCCUCACUGUAAGCUACCAGUCUGCCCAGUCAGCAAUCAAUCGGUAUGAUAUCGAAAUGAUUAUCUUAAUUGAUUUAUUGAUUAUCCUCCUUGAAUGUCCUCUUCGUUCUGAUGCACUUUACAAAGUGGAGAGGAUACCAUGUUUCUAGGAUACUCACUGUAAUAUUCUACUGCUGAUGUUGUUUUUUUUGGUAGGUUUAUGUCAAAAAAGGUUUUAACUUAAAUUGAGCGGCAUGAAUUGUAAUCCAUGGCGACAUUUUUGUGAAUUUGUAAAUAAGAGAUGAUAAAAAAAAAUAAAGAUGAAAAUCAGA